GUCGUGUCCGUGACCGAUCAGCUGUUGGCUGCUGCCGAGCACUUCAAGCCCAUCUUCGAGGAAACGGUGAACGCACUUUGCCAGCACGUCCAGGACAAGCUCGCCGACAAAGCCGCCAAAGACAGGUUGGAGGGCAAGGACGGCCCCGAGGAAUCCACCGAGUACGAGCUCAUUCUUGGCCCACUCAAGGAUCCUGUGCGGGUCCACGAGAAGGCCGUUGACGACUAUGCCGACCGCUUCAAGGAGCAUCUCGCUGAAGCAAACGUGGUGGAUGUGAUCCGAGCGAGGUUAGUUUGCAGCAGUGGCAAGCAGAUGAAGACAUUUCUGGAGAUGAUUGCCAUUGGGUUUCCUUACGAGGUGGACGGAAAGGCGGUGAAACUCGAGCUUGCCCGCGUGAAGAACAAGUUCUCUUCCAAGGACAGCGAUCCCUCGCGCUUCCGAAACGUGCUGCUGAACCUGGAGCUUUCCUGUGGGCAGAUCUCUCACUUUGUUGAGCUGCAGGUCCACCACGAGUUGAUCCUGGGCUACAACGAAACGAGCCACGCCCAUGACUUCUACGACUACUUCCGGCGGGAGCUACGCAACACUUACGGACAGGACAUGGAGCACAAUCUGAACUUCAUGCUGGAGCAGCGGAUGCAGCUGUUCAAGGAGAUCUCAGAAGUUCCGGUGCUGCUGACCGUGAUGACCAUGGCCUUGCUGAAUUCCAGCCAAAUGCCGGGCAAUCUGCUGGAGCUCUAUGAGCGUGGCCUCCGCAACAUGCUGCUGGGUAGCCUCAAGGAGGAGCAGGCUGGGGAUGACGAAGUCGCUGCAAUCUGGGAGAUGAUGCAGAAGGUGGCUGUGGAGAAUCACUUCAGGCAGAAGCGUAUCUUCACACAGCACGACGUCGAUGAUGCCUUGUCCACAUCGCCCGAGCUACUCCAACGGUGGCUGACCUGCGUGGAAAGAGGCGAGGUUCCUUUCGUGAAGGUCUUGUCUGAUGGCGAGGGUGCCGAGUUCCAGUUCAGGCACUUGAGUUUCCAAGAAGCUCUGGUUGCACGGUGUUUGGCGAGCCGCGAUGGCGAGGAGGAGGAUGCGCCGCCGACAGAAGAGGCACAGACAGUGGCCCAGCGCUUUGUGCAGCAGCAGGGCUCUCUGGCGCAAUUUAUCAACACGCCCUUCUACCUCAAUAUGCUCCGGACCGGGGCGGGGUAUGUUGGCGAUGCCUUUGGCCGCUACUGGACGCUCACGGAGCCUCUCACGGAUGUUGGGCUGCAGAGUCUUUGGUUUCUUCUCCUUGGUGCAAAGCGCGUGGUCUUGGCGAGCAUCCUGCGAACCGGGAAAGAGGCGGAUAGUGGGCUACCGGACGAUUGUGAAGACUGGUAUUCGUCCAUCUUCACCUUUGCAAAGCCGGCCAACAGCGGCACCGUGAUGCACUCACUUCGCGGGCUGAAGAGCAAGGUGGCCAAUUUGGAGAGUAUGCUGCUCACCUACGAAGGGGGCUACAUCCUUUUCCGCUGCAUUUCAAAGCCCCGGCCCGACCAAGCCACAGAAGUUGCAGGCACUUCCUUGCUCAAGAUGACAGCCAUGGGCGGAAAUGACCUGAAGAAGCCAACAGGCGACCUCAACCAAGCUGAGAGAGGGGAGAGGGAAGUUGCGCAGGGUGUCCCCGUCGGCCCAAGUCCCGGAAUUGUGGGAGCGCCUGAGCUCGCAGCCCCAACCCGGGUCUUCUCACUACCCCCAGAGUGGCUCGUCGUCUUAAACUACCGAGCGGCUGUCAUGUGCUUUGCCUUCAUCAACCUCCUGACCAUCGUGCUGAACGUAGCCAUUGCAAUCCUCAACUUGACCGAAUUUCCCUUGGAUUCCAGAGGCGGCGCUUGGCCUUUGAUCGUCUUGGGCGUCGUCUUCAUGCUUGGCCCCAUCUUCGGCCUUAUCGGUGCCAAAUACCUCAAGCGCGGAUUUGUGGCUAUUUAUGUCGGCAUUAGCUUUCUGCUUUGUGCAAGCCAGAUAGCCUUUGCAGUUCUGACAUUCUGGCUUUCAGCGAUCUUCCUUACGUUCGCUCAGGCUUGGUUCACGAAGAUCGCGGCCACCUUUUGGUACUGUUUGGGUACGGUUCCACUUGAGCAUCGCAGCCAACUGUUGGAGCUGAAGGAGGAAGAGGUGCAGAUGGUGUACUGGUAG